GCCCAAUCUCCUCCAGCGCGUCGUCCUUUACCUGUGUCCAUCCAUAUCCGCGUGCCGCCGCCGUCGGUUCUCAGGUCGCUUCAUUUCCCUAUGUCACAACCCUCCUCCCCUUUCGUUAAGCAGCCACUGUGGUAACCAUGAAGCCUCUCUCGCGCACCCAAGUUGUCGCUUGCUCUGUUCAUUACUCGGUCUGAAGGUGCUCCAACACUGCUACUUGCCUUGGUCACUCGGUGGCUCUGUCUCCCCUCCAUCAAUGUUGACAUUUGGUCGAGCUUCCAGUUACUAUGAUACAUUUCUGAAGAAUUACAAAGACCUCGCAAAUAAACGGAAUUGGAUUCAACCAUUACUUGGCUUUUGAUUUUAGGAGAUUGCAUUAGAAAUUGAACCUGAACUUUAUCUCACAGGCCAUAAAGGAAUAGUCAAAUGCCAAGAAAACCUCGGUACACUGUUAGUACUGCAUCCAGAAUUGUAGCUACCCCUAAUAGUCAAACACACGCUACUCCACACACGGAUGGAAUACAUGAUAUGGGAGCAAAUACUUCUAGUGCACAGCGAUGUGCUAGAGCGCCUCCACCUCCGCAUUCCGGCAAUGGUGCUAAACAAUCCCGUGUUAACGCUAUACCGUUUAGACCACCACGCAAUGAAACACGACUGGCUCCGUCAAGUGACAUUAGGGACGCUCGAGCUCCUGUGACAAAUACAAAGCAUCCGGAUUUACAUGAAGUUGUAGAUGACCAUUCAGAAGAUGAAGACUAUGACCCGGAGGCAGAUGAGGUUGAGUCAUUCGAUUACCAUGUCGACGACUUAUUUGCUGCACAUGAAGUUGAACGUCAAGGCAAUGCCAACGGAAAAAAAAAUGACACCGAUUAUUGGGUUGUUGAUGUCAUAGAAAAUGGUGUGACUUAUUGUAUGGAGCUGAUUGUUAAGGAGGCAUUAGCACUUCCUCCUUGAAAGAAGAUCGUGCUAAACCAUAAUAGAGAGUUGCAACAAGUUGGUCAGGUAGCGGGCCUAUUGAGCGGGUUCUUGGGGACAUUGGCAUCUGAUUUUCAACAGUUACCAAUUUGUGAAAAAAGUUGGAAGAUAAUGAGUAAGGCUUCCAAGGAGCAUGCAUUUGACCAGUUUAGGGUAAUGUUUAGAUUUUUUUUAUAAAGUAAGGCGUUAACAAUGCUUGGUGUAAAAUGCUUUUUUUUAUCUAUUAAGUGAACAAUACAAGGAAAGAUUAACACGCACACA